CGUCGAGAGCACCUCCUCAGCAGCAUGGUGAUAGUCUUCUCAAAGAUGUUGCCAUGAAGGCCGAAGAUGAAGAUGAUCAAGAAAAGAUCAAAACAUACAACGCUGUCGCGGGUAUCGAAAGUGCUCUCUAUACACGACUCGCAGAACUAGAUCAUCAGCAUAAACAAAAAGAGGACCACGUCGACCAUGUUGUUGGUAGUCUGGAGGAUGCUGAGG